CCAAUGGCUACGCGGGGUCCGGACCCUACUUAAGCGGGCCCAGGAAGACGAUGCCUUCAGUGCUCACUCCUUGGGGAAUGGGAGCGAGUUGCUAAGGAACUGCAUCGUCAUGAGAGUCCCCUACGUUCUGCCCGUCCUGUUCCUUGCCGCCGCUUCGGCCUUCGAAGUGGGCAAGGACUAUGUGUACCACUACAACGGAAAGAUGCAAGUCUACAACCCGGAGCAGCCCCUGCAGUCCUCGGGUUUCGCCUUCCGAAGCAAGGUCGUCGCCCAGCCCAGGCCCGACCACACGCACUUCAAGAUAAUCGACUUUGAGGUGGACAGUUUCAACGGGGAUCAUGUUCAUGUCGGUGAACACGAGUUCAACUACCACUCCACGGAGGCACUGAAGCAAUUCAUCGAGAGGCCCUUCGCCGGCAAGUUCUCCGAAGGAAAGCUCGAAGAAGCUGAGCUGAGCAAGAGCGAACCUAAGUGGGCCAGGAACCUCAAGAAGGGAGUCCUCAGCAUUUUCCAGCUGGACUUGGUCAAGGGUCGCCACGACCACCCCCACGCCAAGCAGUUCCACGUGAGGGAGGAAGGUCUCCACGGGAACUGCGACACACUCUACGUUGUCGCCGAGGAGGAAGGUCACCUCAAGGUCACCAAGAUCAAGAAUCUCGAGAAAUGUGACAAGGAACACUACGCCGUUUAUGGAAGGAUCAAGGGGCAUGAGUGCGUCGACUGCGAAGCCCAGGAGACUCACCCUUUCGUAGCCACCUCUCAGGUCAAGUACAGACUCGACGGAACUCCAGAACACUACGUCAUCAACCACGCCUGCGCCACCUCAGAGAAUGUCUUCAGGCCCUUCGGUCAAGGGAAAACCUUCGUUGCCCAGCUCAACCGUACCUUGGAUUUGGAGGAGGUGCACGACGCCAACACCGACACUCAGCUUCCGGAGGACCUGGAGAAGGUGCACCACAUCGCGCAGACAUUCCCCGAGUCUGAUGAGGUGGAAAGCCUGGAGGAACUGAAGCACGUCAACCGCUACGUGACCACCUUUGAUCUCUCGACCGACAAAGACAAGUUCAUCUCUGGUCUCAACCACCUUGCUGCAUUGGAGUACGAAGAUUCCGACAUCAAGGACGUUCACAGCAAGGAAAGCGGUGGACUAAACUUCCUGAUUUUGUUCGGCUCGCUUGCCUCCAUGCCCUUUGAAGAUAUCGCCCACGUGUACGAGCAAGCCGUUGCCAAUGCACCGGAAGCAAGUAAGAGUCAAGUCAGAAAGGUGUUCCUGGACCUGCUCUCAGCUGUCGGAAACAACCCUCACGCAGCGUUCGGUCUGCAACUGGUCAAGGAAGACAAACUCACUGACGAAGAGGCUGAGCACUUCCUCGCCAAGCUGGCGCUAAACCUAAAGGAGAACAGCCCCGCUCUUCUGACCGAACUUGCCGAGGUGUGUGAGCACGUGAAGCCUAAACGACCAGUGUGGGUCAACUGCCAACUCGCUCUAAGUAGCCUCGCAGGCCAAGAGGGCUGCGUCCGUGCCAAGACUGACAAGGAACACGACGAGGGAUUCUGCAAGCCCUCUAUUGUUUCGCACUUCUUUAACUAUGAGAUUAAGCCAGAAGACAAGAAGGACCAGCCAGAAUACAAGAGGACGGUGUACAUGAAGGCUGCGGGCAACUUGGCCACCAGGGGCGCCGUGCACUACCUGGAGCGCUACGUUUCGGACACAAACCAGCCGGAGUACCGGAGGUCAGCCGCCCUCUGGGCAAUGGUUCGGGCUGCUCCGCACCACCACGAACUGGUACGCGACGUCGCACUCCCAGUGUACAAAAACAAGAGCGAGACGGCCUACCUGCGUAUCGGGGCAUUUGUGAACGUCCUAAUGACCAAACCCGACCUCUACCUGCUCAAGUACAUCGGACACAACAUCAUCGACGACCCCAGCGACCAGCUGGCGUCCUACGUGACCAGCGCCUUCCGCAGCCUUGUGAAAUCCAAGUACCCGUGCCACCAAGAACUGGCUCAGCACCUUCGCUACGUCGUGCCCAUGUGGAACGACGUAAGCCGGUUUGCCAAGCCGCUGGACCAUACCAAAUCGCAGGUCAUCCUCUCUUCCGGCUACGACCCCAAGUUCGACUACGGCGGAUCCAGUGUCUUUGCCCAAGUACGGGCCGACGACAGCUACCUACCGAGAGAAGUGUAUUUCAGCGCAAAGGACUAUUUCCACGGCCGCUCCUUCGAGUCAGUUUCACUAAAGUUUGAGAGCUGGGGUCUGGACACGCUUCUGAACCACGUCGUGGGACCUCAGCCCGGAUCCACCAAGAACCUGUGGAACGUCUUUGGGCGACGUCGCUUCACCAGGGAUGCCUCGGCAAAGGACCUCCAGGAAGUUGAGGCUGCUCUUCCCAUCACUGACCGGGAUUAUGACCAUGUCUACGGCCGCCUGAGUCUCGAUCUCUACGGUCAUGCCUUCGACACCUGGGAAUUCGACGAGAGCAUUCUGCAGGAACUGAGCAAGGGAGAGGGAGAAGAGGCACCAGGCGACAAGCUGAAGAACCUGCUAGGCGAAUCAAAGCGUAAGAAGGCCUUCAUCCUCAGCAAGGACAUCUGCAUUAUUGUACCCAGCGAACUUGGUGUUCCCGUAUUCUACGACAUCAAGCAAGUCGAAUACAUGUACAUCAACCCCAAGAAGUUUGCCUUUGAUCAAACGCAAGAUGCCAAAUUUGCCAUGGACGUAGAAAGGCACUACGUACACGAAAGCCGUGCCUUCAGCAUGUUCGGUGUCGCUCUCACCUUCAACAAGACGUCCUUGGGAACGGGCUCCGAUAGUCAGACCAUCAUAAAUCUGCCGAUCGACCUGAAAAUUACCCUGGAUCCUAUUCACAAGAAGCUGAGCAUGAAGCGCCCGCUGAGCCUGCCCUGGAACGUCCUGAACCACCACUUCCGCCCGUUUACCUUUGUCAUGUCCUACGACAUAAACGAAGAUGUUACCACAGCCGAAACCAAGAUGACCCAGGCUAUGUACCCUCUCUACAACAAGGAAGAACUUACCGAGUUUGAUCGUAACUACUUCGGCGAGGUGUUGGGCUAUGGCCUGAACGUGAAGGGAAGCCUCCUCAGCAAGGGGCUCAAGAAGGGACUGCACGACUACUGGUACGAGAGCGAUGACCGCCAGAAGUUCUACUAUGCCACUCUAAACCCUGAGUGGCACCCACGUGAACUGCAGUUCACCGUCGUUCCAGCUGCACAAGAUGCCACAACUGAGGUAGAGGUCGAUCUCGGCUACAAGUUCCUCGAGCCCGAUGACCCACGGGAGAGUCACUUCGAAGCUCACGACAACGUCGGCGACGACGCUGAGGUUCCGUCCACUCACGUGCUGAACCUCGACUACACUCUGAAGGGCACCAAGGAACGCAAGGUGUCCGCGGAACUGAGAUACUCCUUCACCAAGGACCUCCUCAAGCACAAAGUACAGCUCUUCUAUGACCGAACACCAUUCCACCCGAAGGAGCAAGACCACACGAAGGUCUGCCUGGAUGUCAUAUCGAAGUUCCCAGAGCCCGACUGGGAAAGGCUGAGUAACCUCGCCGUUUUCCAUGAGGGCAAGGACAUUGAAUCUCAGCUGAACCUCCACUACGGAAGCAACUGUGUAGACCAGUCUAGCAUUACUUUUAAGGGAAAGUAUACGCACACGGACGACGAGGAGAAGCAGAUUCGAGAGAACGCAGAAGGCAAGCCGCUGGGAAUCAACCGAAUGAAGAAGUACACCCUGCGUCGGCCGUACAAAAAGUGCACCGAGCACCAGAAGCGGGGCGUUCCCCUAAACUUUGAGUGCAUGAAGUACCUGUACUACACCAGUCGCCUGGGUAAAUUGACAACGGACGUCGAGUACAAGAACCUCAAGCCGCUGUUCCCCAUGCUGCUGAAGUACUACAAGAAGGUCCACAAGGAGGGCGGUUUCCUAAGCACCCUCGCGUCCCACGUCCACGGACCAACCGGAAAGCUCCACGUCGUCUCUCAAGUGCCUCCGGUUGAGAAGUACUCGGACAUUGUUGUGACCACCGAGGACGGUCACUCCUUCCACCAUGACCACGUUCCCAUCUACAGCCACUUGCUCGAGCCUAGGAUUUUCUCUGUGCUGGGAUACUCGAACAUGGUUAACUACAUCUCCUACUACAAACAGAAACAUUGCGAUCUUCAAGGCAAGAGCCUCCGAACCUUCGACAACGUCGUCGUGAACCUUCCCGAGACUGACUGCUUCAAGGUGGUUGCCAAGGACUGCUCUCCCAACAAGAGGUUCACGGUUCUGGCACGAGCUACCGGAAACGCCGCACUCCCCAAGGCGUUGAAGGCCUUCAUCCAGUCAACCAAGGUCGAGCUCCUGCCAGUUUCCGCCGAUUCUGGACUGGUGCUCCGCGUCGACGGCAACAAGGUGGAUCUGACGCCGGGAGUACCUUACAGCCACACCGCGCACGAUGUCGAGCUCUUCACGGUCACGCAGCACAACAAGUACUUUGAAGUGAUGUCGCAGCCUUACGGGGUCUUCAUUGGCUUCGACGGGAACGUGCUCUUUGUGCAGACCGCCAACUUCUACCGCGGCAAGCUGUGCGGUCUUUGCGGCGACUACAACUACGACCGGCAGCACGAGCUCGUGGGCCCCAACCUCCACCACUACAACGACACCCUGGAGUUCGCCAAGAGCUACGUCGUUCCCGCGUCCGACUGCACCGCGCCUUGAGCACCGUCUUGCGUCAACAUCGUCGUUCAACCUUAUUUCUGCCGCUCCUUGCGAGCCGGUAUUUUCAUUCAUUAGUAACGAGAUGAUGUGAAAGUGCAAGUGUCGUGUCAAGACUGUAGUUGUUAGAAUAAUGGCAAAGCCCCGAGAGCCUCGAGACAACGGGAUGACGGUUUGUGUGAACGUUUGCAAUGCCAUGGGCGCUUGUUCGACAUGAGAAAAACAAAUAAAUACAUGAAGCAGAA